AUGGCAGAGCUCCACCUCCACCAUCUCUUGCAUGAAUGUGCGUUGACCUCGCCGGAAACAGUAGCAAACGGCAUCUGCAACGUCUGUUACAAGGAUGUCCCGAUAGAGUUCGCUUGUAAGCCUUGUAAUUUCGAUCUCUGCAAAGUUUGCUCCAACCUAAAGGAGAGGAUCUGGCACCAUCUUCACCCGGAGCACGCUCUAGAGUUUUGUCUACGCGAAUACCAAGCUGAUCACAAACAUCCACACGUCAUCUGCUCUGGAUGCGGGAACAUGUCUACAAGUUCCUUUUACUGGUGCAAAGAGUGUGAGAUCUACCUUGAUUUGGGUUGUGCGUUCUUAGAGAACACCGCCGUUUGCUGGGAGUCCAAAGAAUUGCUCCAUGACAGCCAUAAACACUUGCUCAAGAGGUGUAGACCAGGACCCGAUGCUAUAGACUAUUGCCUUCUCUGUGAGCUUCCUCUUUCCCCAUCCUCGAUAUGUUACGGUUGCGUUGAGUGUUACACCUUUCUUCACGAACACUGCCUUGAUCUUCCUCUAGAGAUUCAGCAUCCGGGGCAUCCUGCGCACCCUCUCAGACGCCUUGACUACAUACAAGCUAUCGACAAAUAUUGUCAUGUGUGUCACUUUAGUUUUUCUGGCGUUCCGUUUGGCUGCUUAGAAUGUGAUCUUUACCUUCAUCUUAGGUGUGCAGAUGCCUUGUUGCGAGGUCUGGUGCAUAAGUGUCAUGAACACAUGCUGUUUUUCACAACAGAUCAUAGAUAUAGCUUUAAGAAUUGCCAAAUAUGCAUGGAGACUGUGGGGGAUGACAAAUCCCAUUAUUGCUGCAUCCAGUGUGGUGUGGAAUUUCAUAUCGCGUGUCUAGGGUUACCUCAGUCUGUGGUCAAGAAAUCAUAUCACAUUCAUCCCCUCGUGCGUAAAAUGUUCCAACCCGAUGAUGAUUCUUUGGAGUAUUGUGGUGUUUGCGAGAUUGUUUUACAUACAACACAAGUUGCUUAUGUAUGCGAGGAAUGUGAUUAUGCAGCUCACACUGAAUGCAUUCUACGCCAGGAAGUUCCUUCUCCAUUGUAUUUGAAAGAUCUCUACUCUUGCAACAAAGUCAACACAAAAUCAAAGAAUCAACAAGACUGUGAAGCCAGUGAAUUAGAAGACAAACUAGUGAUUAAUGAUGUUAGGCAUCUUCAUGUGAUGAGACCGGUCCGCAUGAGUGUGCUUGAUGGAAAUGCAAACUGCGGCUUAUGUGCUCGAAAAAUACAUGAUAGUCCUUGGAAAUGCGAGUCAUGUAGCUUCCAGAUACAUCACUCAUGUGCAGAGUUUGGGAGACCAUCAAUACAUCCAUUUCAUAACCAUCCUUUGACCCUCCUACCGUAUUUCUUUUCUUGGAGUAAAAGAAUGGAUUGUUAUACUUGCUCAGGGAGAAUAGAUUAUGGUUUCUAUCUCUUUUGCCGAAUAUGCAAUUUUGUCAUCCACUUGGAAUGCGCCAUAGAAGGUAGAAAACUGUUCGGUACACUACACAUGGGUCAAAAAGUCAUUGGAACCUGGCUAGGACAUUGCAUUCAAGACAAAAAAAGCUUGUUUCAGGUUAUCAUCUCUAGGUCAUAUCCUAUCUCUUGUGCUAUUUGUGAAGAGAAGUUGUGGGGAAAGGCUCUUUCAUGUAUCGAGUGUGGAGAUGUAUAUCAUCAUCUGUGUACUGAAGUUGGGACAGAAACACUAUUUUGUCAUCCACUUCAUCCUGAUCACGGCCUUGAAAUUUCAUGUACAAGUGGAUCCAACUGCGUUGCCUGCAAACUGAGUAUUACAAAAUAUGGCUAUCAUUGUGCUAUAUGUGAUAUCAGUUUCCAUUUGAAAUGCAUCAAAGCAGUGAAUGCAACAGGGAGGAUUGGAUCCCACAAGCACAUUUGCUAUAACUUUUGGAUCAAUGAGUCGCAGUUGACUCAAACUUGCAAUGUUUGUGCAAGAGCGUGUGAUUCCUCAUUCUUUGGAUGUAUCGAUUGUAACUUCAAAUCCCAUGUAAAGUGUCUUGGAUUUCCACCUAGUGUGAAGAGCCCUAGGCAUCAGCAUGCUGUUGUGUAUAAGAGUUUGUCACGCUUCGACGAGAAAAGCUGUUCUCUCUGUGGAUUAAGCUGCAAGGAUUCAAUUUACGCUUGCAAUCAUUGCCAAGACUUGUUUCAUAUGAGAUGCAUAUUGUCAAUGGAAAACCGUGAGGCAGCAACAGAAGAGGAACAACUUAAAGAAAUCUAUCUCAUGUACUUUGAGCGUGAUCUCUUCAACUUACUCAAAAACAGUAAGUCUUAG